GUCUCAGCUCAUAGAAACUGAGUAACCACUAAGGGAGCUGUGGAUUAUAACGAAAUACGACCUUGCAGCUAUGACAGGCUUGGUGAGCUGGGCCUCACUGGAACAGCGUGAGGAAAGGUUUUGAGAAUGAAUGAGGGGAGGCCCGGCGCCCACACGCCCUGGCGCGAGCACAGGGAUGGUACCUUUUUAACGGUGGCACCGUUAAAAAGGUAACGGCCACUGCAGGAGAAUGGCUUCCAGCUUUAAGAAGCAAAGUGUAGGCUCUAGCAGCCAGAAAAGAAAGGUGGGUCCUAAGCCUGAACUCACUGAAGAUCAGAAGCAAGAAGUUCGCGAAGCAUUCGACCUCUUUGAUGCCGACGGAAGUGGCACCAUUGACGUGAAGGAGCUGAAGGUGGCCAUGAGAGCGUUGGGCUUUGAACCCAGGAAGGAAGAGAUGAAGAAGAUGAUCUCCGAGGUGGACAAGGAAGGCACGGGGAAAAUCAGCUUCAAUGACUUCUUGGCAGUGAUGACUCAAAAGAUGGCCGAGAAAGACACCAAAGAAGAAAUUCUAAAGGCUUUCAGGCUUUUUGAUGACGAUGAAACUGGGAAGAUCUCUUUCAAAAACCUAAAGCGUGUAGCCAACGAGUUGGGGGAAAACCUCACUGAUGAGGAACUGCAGGAAAUGAUCGACGAAGCAGAUCGGGAUGGGGACGGCGAAGUGAACGAGGAAGAGUUUCUUCGCAUCAUGAAAAAGACCGACCUCUAUUAAAGUUAACGGUUUCUCCUGCAAGCGCGUGUGGAGAACUUGAGUGACUUGGUGGGUUCCCUACUUCUGCUUCGUGAAACCUUGAGUCAGAGGAUAGUUCUAUCCCUCCUCUUACCCCUCAAUUUGUCUAGAUGCUUCUAUUUCCAAAUCUCUGGCUUAAGUAUAGAAUUAUAAAGAUGGUUUUAACAUGCGUUUUGGUUUUUAAUUCUCAAGAGCAGACUCAGAGUGCCUAGGUUGAAUUUUUUUUUAAAAGAGGCCCUGAAGUUCAGUCUGCCCAUGUUUUGCCUUGAAUUGGUGGA